AUGGCAGAGAAUCAGGCGGUACCAAAUGGGAGCCACGUGCUUGCCAACAUGGCAACAGUAUCAGCUCCUUCUGAGUUUAAUUUCUCCCUUCCAGGAUCAUGGAAUCAGUGGAAAAAGAGGUUACAAAGAUAUAUGUCGGUUAGCGGUUUUAUAGACAAACCAGAAGUUGAAAAAAUUGAUAUGCUAAUGUAUCUAAUGGGGGCAGAAGCAGAGGAAAUUAUAACUCAAUUUAAUCUAACACCCGCACAGCAAUUCAACACACGUAGUCAACAGCCAGGGGAGUCGGUGGAUGCAUAUAUCACUGAACUUCAUAGCCUUGCAGAGCAUUGUAGUUAUGGGGCUCUAAAAGAUGAGUUAAUAAGAGACAGCAUAGUAGUAGGAGUUUUAGAUGUAAAAGUAAGCGAGAGGUUACAACUCCAAAAGAAUCUAACAUUAGGGGAAGCUGUAUUAACAGUACGUCAAGCCGAGCUGCAGAAUUCUCAAAACAAGAUUCUUAGGCAAGAACGAGUACAAGAAGUAGCUACGGUCAAUGCACACAGAGGUAACUACUGGUCACAAUCACAAGCAGAACCAAAUAAAUAUGGACAACAGAACCCACAGGGGAAAUCCAACACAAACUACAAAUGUACAUACUGUAGGGUACCAAGCUGCAACAGCAGAGAAAGAUGUCCAGCAAAAGAUAGUCGUUGUCGAUUAUGUGGAAAGAAAGGACAUUGGCAAGCUAGGUGUAGAUCCGGCAGGAAUGUAAGAGUAGUUGAAGGUCAAAACUGUGCUGAAAGUGAGGUAGGAAUAGAAAAUGAAAUCGAAAACUUAAAGGUGCUGAUGUAA